UCAGAUUUUAGAUCCGCUGUGAACAAGAAAAACAAACAGAAAACAGCUGAAGAGGAAAACAAACUGAUCUGAGGUCUGCAGCAGCUGUCAGUAUGAAGCAGCAUGUGUCAUCUCUGGAGUUUCUCCUCAGCGUUGUUUCUUCUGUUCUUCUGAUCUGUUGUGUCGGACUGAUUGUAGUUUCAUGGAUCAGCCUGAGGCCUGAAGGUGCCGUUGAGCCUGUGGUGCUGAGUGGUCGCAUGGUGAUCACAGAGGGAGCUGUGUUCUCUGAAGAGCUGAGGAACUCCAGCAGUCUCCGGUUUAAAUCUCUGGCCUUCGACGUCCAACAGCUGGUGUCGGAGGCAUUCAGCCACACUGAGCUUAGAUGGCUCUACAGGUCCUGUCAGGUGUCACACUUCAGUCGGGGCAGCGUGGCCGUGACCUUUGACCUCUGGUUCACUCAGCUGAUCGAUGUGAAGGAGGCACAGCAGCAGCUGUGGGCGGGGCUUCAGGAGGCAGAGGGCAGAGGAUUGGUGAUCAAAAGAAACAGCAUCCAGAUCACAGAGAAAUCAGACGAGACGACAGCCGCACCGACGACCGUAACACCUACAACCGUGACGUGUCCUCCUUAUCAGAAAUUUUGUGCCGAUCAAUCGAUGUGUGUUCUGAUUGAUCGGUUCUGUGACGGAGUCGACGACUGUCCUGACUCCUCUGAUGAAGACACUGCUCUUUGUGCGACAGCUUGUGAUGGGCAGUUCGUGCUGAGAGGACCAAGCGGUUCGUUCAGUUCAUCAGACAUUUCUGAGACGUACAACAGCAGCAGCUUCUGUCGCUGGAUCAUCAGGGUUGAGAGAGGACUUUCAGUUCAGAUCAACUUCCAUCAGUUUGAAACAGAAGAACGUACAGAUACUCUGAAACUUUAUGAAGGAGUCGGACCGCACAAACUGCUCACAGCUGAGCUCUCAGGCACCGCCCCUCCUGGGACCGUGUGGCUGCUGACCGACCAAUCAACCGUGGAGUUUAUCUCUGAUGAUGUCAACAACCUGUCAGGGUUCACCGCCAUCUACAGCACCGCCAACACCUCCGACCUCUCGAAUGAAGAGAAGCUGACCUGUACCUUUGAGCAGGGCAUGUGUUUCUGGAGGCAGCGGCAGGACGACGAUGAUGGAGACUGGAUUCGAAUCAGCGGCUUCACAUUUCCUCCACUGACCGGCCCGGAUGUCGAUCACACACUGGGUAACAGCUCAGGUUUCUACGUCAUCACACCUCUGAGUCCUGGCCCACGGCUGAAGAGCUUCAGGAUCCACAGCCUCCCUCUGAUUCCGCACACAAAGCCCAUGUGUCUGAGCUUCUGGUACCACAUGUUUGGAGAGGACAUCCACCGUCUCAGAGUCCUACUGCUCCAAUCGUCUCAAUCACAGCCGGAACCUGCCGUUACCGUGGUGUUCCAGAGAGAUGGUAACUAUGGCGACAACUGGAACUAUGGCCAGGUGACCUUCAACCUGACAACACAGGCCAGGGUGGUGUUUGAAGCUUUGAAGAAGGGAGGGAUAAGGAACGACAUUGCUCUGGAUGACAUCACACUGACCGCUGAUCCCUGUGGCCCCGCCCCGCCGGAACCAACCAAUGUACUGCCUCCAACGACCACGCCCCUUAUACCAUCUGACUGUGGAGGACCCUUUGACCUCUGGGAGCCAAACUCCACCUUCAGCUCACCAAACUACCCACAAUCCUAUGGGAACGAGGCUCAGUGUCUCUGGACUCUCCACACUGUGAAGGGUCGAAACAUCCAGCUCCACUUCCUGGACUUUGAGGUCGAAGCGACCUUUGAUGUUGUAGAGGUGCGGGACGGGGCGGGGCCUAACUCCACCGUACUGGCUGUCCUCACAGGCAGUGAUGGCCCCGCCCACGACUUGUUCUCAACAACCAAUCAGAUGACAGUAUGGUUCUUUACGGACAGCUCGGGUCACAGCCGCGGAUUCAGAGCCAACUUCACCUCUGGGGUCGACCUGGGGACACCAGCUCCGUGUGCAGCUGGGCAGUUCCAGUGUCAGACAGGAAGUUGUAUCCACGGUAAUGGUCAGUGUGACGCAUUGGUCGACUGCCCCGAUGCCUCUGAUGAAGCCGACUGUGUUGUGUUGCAAGUGAAUGGUUCCAGCCGUCUUCAGUUUCAACUUGUCUCUACUCUGUUCACUGUGUGUGCUGACACCUGGGACUCUCACCUGUCUGACCUCAUCUGUCAGUACCUGGGAUACAGGUCUGGAGAGGCCUCGCUACUGCCAGCUCUGCUGCAAGAUUCGCCAUUUACAACCAUCUCAGUCACCAGUAAUGGAACACUGGAAACCACUGUCAGUGAAACCUGCCUCAGCGAGGAAGUGAUUUCUCUGCACUGCGACAACCAACCUUGUGGAGUUCGUCAAGUCACACGAGAGAAGGACCAAUCAGAGGAGAGGAAACCUGGUCAUGGUGUGACCCGAGUGGUGGGCGGGGCUAAUGCAAUGAUUGGGGCGUGGCCGUGGAUGGUGUCCCUGAAGUGGCGAGGGCGUCAUAUAUGUGGAGCCUCACUGAUUGGCAGUGAUUGGCUGCUGACUGCUGCACACUGUGUCUACGGGAAAAACAUCCACCUCCAGUCCUGGUUGGCUGUUCUUGGUCUUCACUCUCACAGUGACAUGAACUCUUUGGACGUUCAGACCCGACGAAUUGAUCGCAUCGUCAUCAACAGAGAGUACAACAGACGAAGCAAACAGGCUGACAUUGCCAUGAUGCAUCUGCAGCAGCCAGUCAACUUCACCCAGACGAUCCAGCCGGUGUGUUUACCUGCUGAAGGUCAGGACUUCCCAGAAGGAAGAAAAUGUUUCAUCGCUGGUUGGGGACGAGACGCUGAGCAGGGUUCUCUCCCUGAUGUUCUCCAGGAGGCCGAGGUUCCUCUGGUGGUUCAGGAUAAUUGUCAACGUCAGUUACCUGAGUACACCAUCACCUCCAGCAUGCUGUGUGCUGGAUACCCCAAAGGAGGGGUUGACUCCUGUCAGGGCGAUUCUGGAGGUCCACUGAUGUGUCUAGACAAUGGACACUGGACUCAGAUUGGUGUGACCUCGUUUGGGAUUGGCUGUGGGCGUCCUCAGAGACCUGGAGUCUACGCCCGAGUCUCCGCCUUCACCUCCUGGAUUGCCCAGACCAGACGGUCCUCCCCCUCCGCCUCCUUGUGACCUGCUAGCAUGCCCACUAGCAGGCUAAUCCGCUAGCACUUUUACUCCCUGCUAACCACUGUUGGCUGUGUGAGCCAGUUUACUCAGCUCACAAAGCCUGAGUAAAAUCUCUGAUAUCUAGCAGAGCUCACUGACUGUGUCUGACCAUGCUGUUUUAAUGGAACACUGACCACAUUUCAGCAGGAUCUGAUUAUUGAAAACUACUUUUUUUGACUGGCUCAGUUACUGGUGUCACAGCAGCAGGGACAGCAGGGUUAGGGUUAGCUCAUCUGACAUUUCUGAUAGUUCACUUUGAACAGUGAACAACUCUGUAAUAGAACUAAUACAGAAAUUAGAAUGUAUCUUAUUUUGAAGGGAUCCUUAAAAAUGGCUUUCAGAUUCUGAUCUUCAUCUAAUAAGAGUCUUCAGUUUGUUUUUCA